AUGAAAAUGGCGACGAUACGCGGCGAAGUACUGCUGUCAAGCGAGUUCGGACUUUACCCAAAGAAACGAAAUGUGUACAAAGUCUCACUGAGUCGCACAGGGAUUUUCUACAGCCUUCUAACAGACAAAGAAGGUGCAAGUGAAGUAAAAGUCGUUCAUUUGAGCGAUGUAAUCGGCUGCCGGUGCCAAAGAUCGCUUGGUUGUGCAUCGGCUUUCAUCACUAUUUUCUCCUACCCGUUCAAACAAAAAGUGUUCAGCUCCAAAUCUACGCGGAAGAGAGUACCCGUCAUCUUUGAGGUGCAGAAGUUUUCCUCCUUCGAUGACAAUCUCAAACUUGCAGAAAAAUGGCGGAAUGUCAUCAACUGUUUGUCACGGAGCAUUCCCUUGAAUGGCGAAGAUCUAGACUCCUGCUGCCCCCCAGCCCCCGGGCGACUCCUCGUCCUCAUCAACCCCCACAGCGGCCCCGGGAAGGCACUGCAGAUCUUCAACAAUGAGGUCAAGCCGAUGCUGGAGGAGGCCGAGAUCCCGUACAAGAUGCAAGUCACAGAGUAUGCCGGCCACGCCCGAGACCUGCUGCUGACACUGGCCCUGAGUGAAUGGUAUGCAGUGGUCAUCGUGUCCGGCGAUGGCUUGAUAUAUGAGGCUAUCAAUGGGCUGAUGGAGAGGCCGGACUGGGAGAAAGCGAUCCAGAUUCCCGUGGGAUGUAUUCCUGGUGGCUCCGGCAAUGCUCUCUGCUGCUCCAUCAACUAUUCAGCAGGAGAGCCAGUGGACAUGAAUGCUGUGCUGCAUUCGACCUUUGUCCUCAUCAAGCACAAGGUCGUGCCCAUGGACCUGGUGCUGAUCCAGACUCCGUCACAGCGGAUCUUCUCCUUCCUGUCCGUCACAUGGGGCAUCAUGGCCGACAUCGACUUUGAGAGUGAGAAGUACCGCAGUAUCGGGGAAGCCAGGUUCACUCUCGGGGCCAUCAAGCGCAUUCUUAAUUUACGCUCGUACAAAGGAAAAAUCUCCUUCCUGCCAGUUGCUGAAUACAGUCCCAAGGUUGUGAAUGGAGAAAGUAAGAAUGCUGUUGUGACCAAGAUCCGUAGAUUUUCACUACGGAGUCGCAGUAACAGUAAAAGCACACUGAGUUCAGGCAGCAAUGAUAGACUGUCAGCGUUCGGCUCCCAGGACCUUGUCAGCUCGGACCUGAACCCAAGCAGCUCCCAGCUCAGCCUCAGCAACUCCAACGGGAGUAUGGGUGAGAUGAACAGCAGCAUGGGAGAUCAAGAACAGAUGCCAAACCUCCAAGAAUCUCAGGAACAUUCCACUCUGUCCAAUUCCGCUACCAGGUCAAGCAUGGAGAUCAGCGAGGACUUCUCCCCGGACGGCUGUGGAGACGGCAUACAAACUCCUAAACCAAUAAACAUUACGACAAACGGACACUCCACGAAUGAACCAUCUGGCGGGACAAAUCAGAGCUUGGAAAAUAAUGUGAAAUUGAAGAAGAGUUCCAUAACAGCUUCGGGAAGCCGUGGCCAAUUUGAAAUUGAAACAGAAACGGUUUCGGCUAAGAGGGCUGAGAACCACAACCUGUCUGCCGCUCUUCUGCCGCCGCUAGAUCAACCAGUUCCCGAGGAUUGGGUUGUUAUAGAGGAUGGGUUCGUGUCAGUCAGUGCUCUAUACCAGACCCAUCUUGGAAGUGACAUGCUUGCAGCACCUCAUGCUCAUCUUAGUGACGGCUUUAUGUAUCUUAUGUUUAUCAGAGAUGGAAUUCCACGGAAUACGCUCUUAAAUCUCUUUCUGUCCUUCGGUGAAGGCGGACAUGUUGAUUCGCCUCAUGUGGAAAUUGUCAAAGUGCUAGCUUUUAGGUUCGAGCCAUCUUCGUCAAAUGGGAAUAUUAUGGUUGAUGGUGAACGAAUUGAUGUGACCCCUCUCCAAGGUCAAGUUCUACCUCAGCUUAGUAGAAUUAUGGCAAUUCAGUGAUCUAAUCAUUUUCUGUAUUAUGAUGGAUGAUUUCAAGAUGGAUGUGUUUGUCAAUGGCUUCUGCCAACAUGCGUCAGAGCUAUAGUGGCAUUGCUUAGUGUGUAUUAAUUCCAGGUUUGUGUGGUCCAACAACAGACUUGAGAUGUACUAGCAGCAUAAAUUGGAAGACAGAACAUAGGUUUCGGAUUUGUGGAACAGAAUGCUCUAGCUUCAUGUAUUAACCCACGUUUUAGUAGAUGUUACGGCUAGAUUUGUUACAGAGUUUGUUAUUGCUAGAUAUGCAUUAUGGUGUAUUGUGGCCAGAUACACACAAGAGUGGAUGUACUAACUUGAUGUAUUUUUUAAGCAUAUUGUGGAUAGAUAUAUAUUAUAGUGGCUAGAUUAAGUACAUUUGCGCUAUACAUACUUUAAGGUGCGUUAUGGCUAGAUAUGCACUACAGUACAUGUUGUGAAUAGAUAUGCAUUAUUGUAUGCGUUGUAUAUGGUGGCUAGAUACGCUCUAGUGGAUAUCAGAGUUAUAUGUGUCUGAUAUUGGCCAGAUGUGCACUGCAGUGCAUGAUAUGACUAGAUAUGCAUGUUAUACUGUACUUACAUUACAGUACAUAGUAUAGAUAAUGUAUUCGCCAUAUUAAGGACCAUGGGUGAUUAGAAAUUAAGUCGAGUUGGAUGCUUUUUUUAAUAACUCACAAUAUGUCUAAAUUUGAUAACAGAUCGAGGAGUGAACUAACAUUAUUUAAUGCUGAUGUAACUAAAACUUUUGCUAUAAGAAGAUAGACAAGGUGAUGAGCACGCGAUGAAAUAUUGUAAGAAAGGGAUGAAUAAGAGACAGAGUUAGAAUUUGUUGACAUGGUACGUAUAUCCAGUGUUUACAUACUAGUAGUGUUGUCACAUCCUGACAGAUGUCAAAACUCAUUAUCUGCAUGUAUACACACCUGUCUGAAAAUAAAUACUAUUAUAAAUAUUAAAACAAAAUAAUGGCUCGUAUGGACCAUAUCAGGCUGAAAAUGUUGCUUUUGAAGAUUACAUGCAGUUUGGUCUUGAAACUGAAUAGAGACAGGGUGUUUAAUAUGGCAAAUACGGUAAGUGUGAUUGUUUUCGCUGUUUGUCGGACUCUGCAGGUGGCAGUGUUAUAGACAGCAUCAAGUGUUAACCUUGUGAGUUGCAAAAACUAACUGCUGAGAAAAUAGUUUAUGGUUGGUAGUAUAAAAGCUUGUCUGUGAUCCAAUCCUUGACUUGCAUGGAUGAUUUUGGAAUGGGAGAAUAUGAUACCAGGACACGCACAAUAAGAUGAGAGAUAUGGUAUUGUGACAUUGAUCUAUAUCAUGUGAAAGUCAUGUGAUUUGUAAUGCACCGGACUUGUAACAAAAUGUAACCACAUACUGUCCCAGAAGAGUCUUGGCGUUACUUACCCGGUCAUAAAAUUGAAUUACCUGGGUUUUUUCAAAAAUUGUAUAAUGAGUCAGGGCUUCACUGUGUAUAUAUGUAAAUAGAGAUUAUUGAUAUUUUCAAAAUAUAUUAUAUAUUUUCUAGAGUCUAUGCAAAGAUGACACAUAGCCAUGGUAACUUGCACAAAUUCUUGUGGAAGAUGGUUUUUGUACUCAUGAAUGUGUGAUUGUAGUAUUUAGAAUACGGCUCAAAUUCAUGACACUUACUCAAGGGUAUAUUUAUAUUUGUAUAACUGUAACGUGCCACUGUGGUGUGAAUGUGCAUUUGAUGCUUGAAUGCUUUGUAUUUUCAAUGAGUGUUUGUCCCACGAAGCCCAAGAAUACUACACACUUGGUCAUCUAUUUGGAGGUGAUUAUUGUGGAGGUCAGAGGUCAGAGUUCACAAAGUUCUGAGUGCCGUUGUACAAAGCGAUCUUUGGGAUCGAAACUUGCAUACCUUAACGUAGACUUGCGACAGUCGUAGCCUAAAGUUAUUUGUAUAACCUGGGCCCCUUUCCACAAAGCAAUCUUAGCGCCAAGAUGACCGCAACUCCCAUACUUUAGCAUUGACUUAUGACAGUCGUAGCGCUAAGAUAGCUUUGUGGAACGGGACCCUGUGUCCUUACAUGUUUUGAAUUUGUGUUGUGUUUCUUGCUCUCUUGGAAAUAGAAAUUACGUUUCACCUUUGUCUUGCUUUGUGAGGUCUCAGUAUUCAGGGAGCGGUCGGGUAGCCUAGUGGUUAAAGCGUUCGCUCGUCACGCCGAAGACCCAGGUCCGAUUCCCGACAUGGGUACAAUGUGUGAAGCCCAUUUCUGGUGUCCCCCGCCGUGAUCUUGCUGGAAUAUUGCUAAAAGCGGCGUAAAACCAUACUCACUCACUCAGUAUUCAGUCUUUAUGUAGUUUGUGGUUAAGAUAGUGAGGACAGAGAGGAUGACUUUAUCCAAUUUAUCUGAUUGUUUCAUUUCGCUUAUAUGAACCUUAAGCAUCUGAAAUGUCAGUGAAUAGGCCCUUGGAUGUGUGAUAUUCUUAGGGACUGAUCAUAUGAUAUUCAGGGCUGGGUAGGAGGGGGCUGGGAGUGUUUUGGAAAAACAUUAUUUGUUCCAGAAAAUACUGAAUCAAAAAUAUGUGCUUAAAAGUAAAGACAGAAAAAAAUUGUCUUGAAAAAAGUGUUUUGUAAAAAAAAUGAAAUGGUUCAUCUUUUCCUUUUAAUAUAUUCAGAGAAAGAAAUUGUAGGUUUGAAACAGUGAAAAAAGAAAUUAAUCUUCCAAAUUUCGUACAGGUGUCCUCAUGUAAAAAAUGAAAGCACUCAUGUUGAAGAUUUGUUUUGUUUGUCUUCAGUAGAAAUAUGAUGCUUAAAAGUACUGAUGGGUGGUUGGGUAGCCUAGUGUGGGUUUGAUUCCCGACAUGGGUACAAUGCGUGAAGCCCAUUUCUGGUGUCCCCCGCCUUGAUAUUUGCUGGAAUAUUGCUAAAAGUGGCGUAAAACCUCACUCACUCACUCAAAGGACUGCUAAAACAGGUUAUGUGAGAGGCAGGCUAACUUGUUGUCAUUCAAAAACUGAAUCCAGUUAUCUUCUAUAUAAGAUUUGAUAUAUAAGAAAUGUAUGGAAACUAGGCUAGGGUGUGUGUUAGAUGUUAAAAGCUUCCUUUUAUUUAUGUUGUAACUUUGACUCAUUCAUUUUGUGAAACAGAGUUUACAUGUAUUUACUUUGAUCUUUGAUAAAAUUUCUACUAUUUCACAUUAAACAUUUAUUUAUUUAUGAUAUUACCAUUCCAUAUUAAUAUGAAAUGAUGAAAUAAUAGGCCAUGAAAUAUUGGAUUUGGAAUCAUAAAAGCAAGGUGAGCUUCAAUAUUGUACCCAAAGUAUCAUGUUGUCAUGUUAUGGGAGCAACAGAAUGUAUGAGUUCGUUUAAUUGUCAAACAUUGCAUAAUGCAACUUUGAAUUGAAUCAGGAAUCUGAUAUUCUGAUUCAAAUAAUGAAAUUGUAUGCCAUUUCGCUAUCAAACUCUCCUUUCUAUAUUAACUACUAGUGAUUAAAUCAUACAAGUUACUUCCAAAGUGCUAUGUUUAUAUGGUGAUUUGACCUUGAGGACUUAUGCGUAUAUAUGUCAGUAUUUAAAGGUAUUCCUGGUUUGAAGACAAAGAUCCCAGCACCUUGAAGUCCCAUUUGUCGUGUUAUGGUUAUCUAGAUCAUGUUCCCAUUCAGUGCGACACUCAAAGUGAACAUUUGAAUAUGUACAUCAAAUUUUGUAUAUUUCUAUUUUCUAUGUGCAAUAGUUCCUAUCAUGGUUAAUCAUGUUUAUGUGGACCAAGGACUCGUUCGGACCAUGUUUGGACCAUGUUUGGACCAUGUUUGAUGAGGCUUAUCAAAGGAAAUAUUUCUGUGGUAUUUUUGCUUGUCAGUCUUUUUUAUUGGCAAAUUUCACAUUUUAUAGGAAGCAGGAAAUGUUCAUAAAAUGAACACAACCAACACUGACAUCGUAUCAGAGAGACGAAAUCCAUGUGUGCCCCGUUGUGUUGGUUGGUAUUCUUCGGGGCAGGGGGGGGGAGUAGAAAGCGUUCCUCCCUUGUCAGUUUAGUUUUCAAUGAUUUGUUUGUUUAUUUCUUGUUCAACGCUGCACUCGGCAAGAUUCUAGUGAUUGACGUCAUGAGCAUUGAUCUACGCAUUUGGGAUACGAUGACAUGCAUCAACCAAAUCAGCAAGCCUGACCACCCGAUCCCAUUAGUCGCCUCUUACGACAAGUUUUCAAUGAAUUACGGCAUUACUUAGGUUAGGCCAGACUAUUUUAAUCCUGUGGUUUACAGAUUUCUUUUGUGAAAAAAUCCUAGUUGGAAGAUAGGAAAAAUGAAAAAUAAAAAAGGACAUUUCAGAAUUUGUGUGUGAGUGUUGACACAUUGCAGGAACUUGUGGGUCACACAAGUUUCCGACACAGGAACUUGUGGGUCUCACAAGUUUCCGACACAGGAACUUGUGGGUCACUGAAGUUUUCGAUACAGGAACUUGUGGGUCACAUAAGUUUACUUUAAUCUUCCAAUUCCAACGGUAGUCAAAUACUGUACUAUUUAUUCAUCAAGGAAUACAUUUAUGUAGGGAGGCCCUUUCCCAGGUUGAUUGUACACAACUGUUUAUUUGGAGGGGGCACGGGUAGCCCAGUCGU